AUGGUUACCCCUUACUAUAAUGACGGUGUACCUUCAAUGAUCUCCGCUUUCUGGAAAGAGACACCUACAAGAUGGUACGUUGGGCAGCUGUUCGUUUUUGGAGGUCAACGGACGAUCCAGUCGUCGGGUGCCGACCCCAGGCUGGGUCUGGUCAUUGCCGAAAUAGGGUAUCAGGUUAUCCUGAUCUUUUUCGCCCUUGUGGCAUAUCUUCCCACAGUCGGGUCACCACGGAAAUGGGCAAAGCUCUACUACGUAGCCAUAGCAGGAAUGCUUCUGGAGGUAGUGUCCGUAGCCGUCGUCAGGUAG